UAACACCCCAGGCGGCCGCAGACCAAACCGACCACCAAGUCGUCAUCCUCCUCCCUCCUCUUCCUUCCAGUGCCAAUCAACCCAACCCCCGCUUCCCUCCCCCCCUCCCCUCCCUUUCCUUCCCCUCCAAGGAAGCUAUCCCCGUCUCGCCUAAACCCUAGCGCGCCGCGAUGUCCGGCUCCGGCGUCCCCGCCGGCCGCGGCUCCCGCAGCUUCGACUUCGGCGCCGACGACGUGCUCUGCUCCUACGACGACUUCGCCGCCCCCUCCGAGCCCAAGCGCCCCGAUCCGGCCGACAAGCAGGACUUUCACGACAGUAGAUUGGGGAGACCAUUUGGAAAAGCUUAUGAACAAGAGAGUUACGGCAAGGAGGAUGUACUUUUUGCUGUUGAGAAGUGCAUGAAGAAAUAUGCUGAUAAUUUGCUGCGAUCGCUUGAGGGAAUUACUAAUCGUCUUUCACAACUGGAGAUCUAUUGCUAUAAGCUUGAGAGAUCCAUGGGUGAACUUCGAAGUGAUGUGCUCCGUGAUGAGACUGAUCAAAGAUUGAAGUCUCUUGAGAAACAUCUUCAUGAAGUGCACAGAUCUAUUCAAAUCCUUAGGGACAAGCAAGAGUUAGCUGAAACUCAGAAGGAAUUAGCCAAAUUUCAACUUACACAUGACACAUCUAAAAAGAAGGAAGAUAUGCCAACACCAUCUUUCCCUGAGCAAAAGACGCUUGAAGAAAAGGCAGAUGCACCUGGUCAGCAGCUGGCGAUUGUUUUGCCUCAUCAGGUGAACUCAUCCCUUGCACCUAGAGCUUCUCAACCAGUCCAACAGUACAAAGAUCAGACAGUGCAGCAGCCACCUAGCUCUUCUGUACCACAGCAGGACCGUUAUGUUCUUAGCCAAGCCAUUGUUUACUACCCACAGCGUCAAGCUCCAGGCAUUCAGGAUACACAGGGGCAGCAAGUACAACCAGAGGUGCAGUACUUGCCAGUAAGGCCUUCAGCAACGCAAGAUGUUCCUGUCCAUGCUUCAUCUCAACAGUCUCAGGCAGCAAAUCAAACCCAGCCUCAGUCUUUCCCUCCCUACCAGCAGCAGUGGCCCCAGCAAUCUUCCCAGCCGGCUCCUGCACCAGUGGCCCAGCCACAGCCGACUUUCUCGCAGCCAUUUCCUCCACCUGUGCAGCAGCCCCAAUUAUCUAACACUCAGCAGUUUCCUCCACAACCAAUGCAGCAGCCCCAACUAUCUAACACUCAGCAGUUUGCUCCUCAACCAGUGCAGCAGCCUAAUGCUCAACAGUUUCCUCCGCCACCAGUGCAACCGCAGCAAUCUAACACUCAGCUUCCUCCUCAGGCAAUGCAACCACAACAGCAUCCUCCUGUACAAAAUCAGAUGAGGCCUCAAACUCCACCAAACUACCCUCAUUAUCAACCCCACCAGUCCUUGAACCCUCCCCCUGAAACUCUACCUGGCAGCAUGGCUAUGCAAGGACCAUACAACACGGUUGCUCCGGCAGCGGGGAGCCGUUCUGAAGUGCCAUAUUCAUACGGAGGACCUGGCAUGCCACCACCGCAGCACAACAUGCAAAGGCAGCAGCUACCUCCUCCAAGCCAGGGCUCUUUCGGACCUCCAAGUAAGGGGGGCUAUGCCGGCCCGCCACAAUAUGCGCCGCAGGGCAGCUCACAUGGCUACAACACUGCAUAUGGCUACCCCCCAAGUGGUCCUUCAGCAGCCCAGGCACCUCAGAUGCCUCCAGCUCCAGGUAAUGUUGGUAUGAGUCACCCAGGUUCGCAUCAGAUGAUGCGCGGCCAUCCUUAUGGGGAAAUGAUUGAGAAGGCAAUCACCAUGGGAUAUCCCAGGGAGCAGGUGAUGAAUGUUAUUCAGAGGAUGACCGAGAGUGGCCAGCCGAUGGAUUUCAACACAUUGCUGGACCGGUUGAACGAAGCAGGGUCCGGAGCACCCCCUCGUGCGUGGUGAUUUCGUCCUGGGUUGGGUUUGGACCUCUCUCCAUCCCGGCACGGCGCUCAUACGUGUGCAAAGAGUGGUACUAUCGUGUAGUAGUUGAAUAAAUAAGAUUUGAAGUGAUGCCAUCUGUUGACUGUUGCGUAUUUGUACGAUGUACAUAUUAUACAUUGAUCUUAAUCUUCAUGUACUUCCUGCACGUGUACCACCAACUUCUUUGCAAUUGGACCAUUUCAGCAGAUCUGUGCUAAUCCAAAUUAUUGCCAGGUAUAUUGUCA